AUGAUGUUGAUGGUAACUCUAACUCAAAUUGAGAGCAAGAAUGAGAAUGAUGGGGUUGGUGCUAUGGAAUAUAACAACCAAAAGCCCACAAAAAAGAAACGUAGAGCCAAGAAAGAGAAGGUUGGGAAAAAUGGAGAUGAAUCUAAUGUGCUGCCUACUAAUGGCAAAUAUGAGAAGGAUACAAACAGUAAUGGAAAUGACGAUUCUUAUGUACAAGAGUCUAGUUCCCAAUAUUUCAAGGAAAAUGAGGAUAAUGGUGGUGGUAAAGAGAAUGAGCAGAGAAAGGUUGGCCAUUUUUGCGAGACAUGUGAGGAGGAGUUUGAGUCAAGGAAUAAAUUACAUAAACAUCUUAGCGAUUAUGGGCGCAUGCAGCAAUGACAAUUCGAUAAGGAAAAUACGGUAAUGAUCAAUUAUUAUACAUGUUAGACAAUGCUUGUUUCAAGAAUUAGGCUAUCAGUUCAUUGUGGUUUUGUGGGGUAUGUGUUUUUUAGUGGUGAUUUUUUUGGGUGUUUACAUGUGCUUAACUGCCUCAACCGCAAAAGAGAAGUAAGGUGCGGUUACAUGGGUUUUUGGUAGGUUUUGCAAUGAUUUGGCACAAGAUUUGUUUCUGCUACUGUGCGGGUGUUUAGACUUUAGUUUUUUUAGGGUGUUUUUGGUUUGUUGGUAGAAGUUUGUAUUUGAUGUUUGGGUGUUUGUUUGGGUGUUCCACAUAUAUACGACACACUUUUCCUUUGUA